AUGAUGUUGAAAGCGCGACACGAAUAUUCAAAGGCUCUAUCAGAGACCAACCAGGCAUUGGCGGAUGUUGCUAUGUCGAAAAGGGAUGACACCCUGGCUGCAGUUGUCUUAUUGGGCAUGUUUGAGGUUCUAACGUGCUCCGAUGGGUCCUUUAUCGACCGUUGGAUGAAACAUAUGGAGGGCGCCACCCAAUUGAUAGAAUUUCGAGGUGUUGAUCAGUUGGGUCGCCGAGAAGGGUUGGAUUUGUUCACCCAGUUACGAGCUCAGAUCCACAUCGGAAAGAUAUACCAGGAAAAAUACAGCUCACCGCUUCUUUUUCAGCUGUCUGAAGAUGCGAUGAAAUACCGAGACUUGAAUGACCACAUUAUUGAUGAGCUUGGCCUCGAAGUCAUCCGUCUUAGUAAUUUUUGUGCAUCAAUGAAAGAUGGAAGUGUUACAGACCCUGGCGAGAUUAUUCGCAAUGCUUUGAUCAUCGACGCGAAUCUCACAUCACUCUUCCUCAGUGUUCCCGCCUCUUGGAACUACAGGACAGUCAAAGUUCCACUCUUUGAUGGGGAACCUAUCACUCGAGCAGUCUGGGGAGACAGCUACCAUAUUUAUGGAAGCCUCGCAGCAAGCAGCAUGUGGAACAAUUACCGCUCCGCCCGAAUUCUCGUCCACGAACUUAUCAUUGAUACUGUCAAGGCACUUGACGCCUCUGCCGAACCUACUGAUCGUCGGCAACAACAUGCCUUGGCAAGUCAAAGUCGGCUAAUUGCACAUCAAUUGGUGGAAGAUAUAUGCUCCAGUGUACCCUUCAAUCUUGGCGCAGGAACCGAAGCUGAUGAUGGCAACGACAUUGAAGCUUCCGCCCCAUUCCAGGUGACAGCGGCAGGCGGAUUCAGCCUUAUGUGGCCGCUGUUGAUUGCCGGUAACUCCGGCCUUGCCUGUAAAGAACUCCGCCAAUGGAUUACCAACUGCUUGGACAAGAUCGGCCAUUCCAUGGGCAUCAACCAAGCAUUAGCAAUGGCACAUCUUCUGCGGCGAGGAAUGGGUUCCCGGGCAUGGCUUUCGGAGGACAUUACCACACCGAGCAGUGAUUAUUACAUCGGGGCCACUCAAAAUUAA